AUGAAAAGCAUUAUUCAAUACUUGACCUUAGCCCUUACCGCUCUCGUCUCCGCGGGUCCGGUCAUGGAGCGGCGCUCAACCUCACCGUACGUGGGUCCCGAGAACGGAACGCUUGUAAUUAUAGGGGGUAACGCGCAAGACGACGCGAUUUACCAGCGCAUCAUAGAUCUGGCCGGCGGACCAGAUGCUCCAAUUGUCACAAUCCCUACUGCCGAUGGGAGUGACACCUACGACGACGAUGCCGCUGCGGCGGGCACGUUUCGGAGACUUGGCGCCAAGAAUGUCACCGUUCUACAUACAUACGACCCCAAAGUCGCCGAUACGGAAGAGUUCGCGGCUCCGUUGCGAGCUGCUAAAGGUGUAUUCUUCGGAGGCGGUCGCCAAUGGCGUCUCGUUGACGCGUACGCCGGUACCCUUACGGAACGCCUAUUCCACGAGGUGCUCGACCGCGGCGGCGUCGUCAGCGGAAGCUCAGCAGGAGCAUCUAUCCAGGGCAGUUUUCUUGCCCGCGGUGACACGGCCAACAAUCAGAUCCUAGUGGGCGAUCACCAAGUAGGCUUUGGAUUCGUGAAAGAUGUUGCCAUCGACCAACACGUACUCGUACGCAACCGUCAGUUCGAUAUGUUCGACAUCCUUAAGGUUCGACCGGAACUUUUGGGCAUUGCUAUCGAUGAGAAUACUGCACUUAUUGUGUCUAAGAAUGAUGCUGAGGUGUACCGAGGUACCUACGUGAUUAUCUACGAUGGGAGCUUCUGGUCGAGAGAGGGAAGUGAUUUAAAGCAUCUUCCAAAUAGUUCAUCAAUAUUUUAUUUCCUCAAGGAUGGAGAUAAAUAUGAUCUUGGAAAGCGGCAAGUGGUUGUUUAG